AGAGUUCAAAGCUGAAGAAGGAAAAAGAGGAACACAUAGAAACAAAAAAGAAAAUGGCGUGCAGGAGCAUGCUUCGUUCGGCGAUUAUUGUUGAACCAUUUCAAUUCCAAUUUCAAUUUCAACCCUUACGUUUUAAUUUCAAUCCGAAUAAGAGAGGAGGCUUUCUUUGCAAAACCGUUAAGGUUCGUCCGUUUCACCGUGGUAAUGGGGGAGUUUUACGUUGCUCUCAUAAUGAUACGCCGUCGUUUCACGACGAUCAAGGUCCUCCUCAAGAAGCUGUGUUGAAAGCCAUUUCAGAGGUAUCUAAGACAGAAGGGAGGAUUGGGCAAACUACGAACAUGGUUAUUGGAGGAACUGUGACGGAUGAUAAAUCGAAUGAAUGGCUUGCUUUAGACAAAAAGGUGAAUUCAUACCCAACUGAUAGGGGGUUUACUGCAAUAGGAACCGGUGGUGAUGACUUCGUGCAAGCCAUGGUUGUUGCCGUCGAAUCUGUAAUCCAACAGCCAAUUCCUCAGGGACGUGUGAAGCACAAGUUAUCAGCAAGGGGCAAAUAUGUGUCUGUAAACAUUGGGCCAGUCCAAGUUGUUUCUAGCGAACAGGUCCAAGCUGUAUAUAAUGCCAUGAGGAGGGAUGACAGGAUGAAAUACUUUUUGUAGUAUGUUAGACUCUGUAUAGGAUGCCAUGUUUCCAAUUGAUAUACUGACAUAUCCAUGCUUUCUAGUGGUUAGGCUGAUUUUGUUCUUUGAUUAAUCCACGAUAUUGUUAUAAGAUGGUGCAGAUUGGAUCUCUUCUGUAUUUUCUGAAGAUGUAACUUAGUAUGAUUUGUUUCCAAUAAUUAUAAUAUGAUUAUAAACAUUAUUUUA